AUGGCCUCAGCAGGGCCCGAGAGGCAGCCAGGGGCUCAGGAGGCUGUGGGGCCAGCACAGCUCGCAGAGGCGCCCGGUGGCCACGCUCAGACCUCUGAGUGUUCAGUGAUGGGAGACCAGUGCCUGGUGCCAGCCCAUGAAGCCCGCCAGACCCAGCGUGAGGACAAGUGUCCAACAGGAGCAGCCUCAGAGCCAGAGCUCCAGGAGGGACUCAAGCUGGAGGAAGAAAGGCUCAAGCCAGAGGUGGUGGCACUAGAGGAGAGAGGCCCCAGGCCUAUGGUCUCCCAUGUGAGGCCCAGCCAUGGUCCCAAGAGGAAACCAGUCAAGAGCCUUCCAAGGCCUAGCCACCAUGCCCAUCCUAGGACUGAAGCUGAGCUGCCACCUGGGCUGCCACUGCAGAAGGAGGAGCCAGAGGGCAGCCAGGGCGAACCUUCACCAUCUGCCAAACAGCACAAAAAAGCCAAAAAGCGCAAGAGUCUGGGGGCUCCUGUGCUCCCAGCUGUGGCCAGCACAGUGUCUGCACCCUCGGAGACCUUGGGCCUGGAGCGAAAGGCUCAGCGCCUGCGGCCCCUGUACCAGUACAUCAACUAUUGCAACCCUGAGCUGAACCAGGCAGGGGAGGGGGACGGGGAGGCUGAGGUCGAGGUGGAGGCCGAGUCUGAGCUGGCCCUGGUUCCUGAGGAGGCAGGUGUGGAGCAACUGCAGGCCUUGUUGCCCAUGGCAGGUGAGCUGGGCUCAGGCCUCGCUUUGCCCUGCCCCGGUACAUUAGUGCCCCCCACCCAUGCUCUGGCUUCCCCAGGAGAGGAGGCUGGAGAGGAGCCUGGGGGUUUGUCCAGCCUUGGGGUGAGUGGCUGCCUCAAAGCCGAGGUGGAUAAGUCAACCCAGGUGGACAUCGACAAGAUGCUGAGUGUCUGUGCUGCUCCACUUGUCCCUCCCCUCUCUCCUCAGUACAAGUGA